AUGGACCCGAUUAUUGUCCCUUCUCCCGUGAACGAAAGACCUGCCUUGUCUGUCCUGCCAUGUCUUCGUCCCGCGACUGUCGGAUCUUCUAUACCACCGACUAUUCCCGAAGAUCCCAUUCAACCUCAAUUAUCUAACGCCAUCGCCUCUUCAUCCACUCUACCCCUCGAAGCAGUCCCAAAUCUUCCCAGACCCCUUCGUUCCUGCCUGUCACCUUCCCGCCGACCAUCCAUCUGCCCUACUCCUGAACGCGUUCCAUCUUCCCGUGCCACAUCGUUCUCUUCUGACGCCUCAUUCGAGAACGGUUGGAGACGAACAAAAUCCGUCCGCUGGGAAGGCGAGGAUCAAGGCUGUGCCGUGACCUCCUAUCACUCCACUUGGAGCUCAUUAGAGUACGAUCGUUCGCCCCUGGAGCCGCCUUCAGAAGCCGAACGAACCUGUGUCUUGCCGGAGAGGGAUAGUCGAUGCCUUCGCACCAAGAUUGAUUGCUUUACCUCAUCGGCCAUCCUAGACGAGUUUUGCGAAUCACCAGUAGACGAACGUGACGCAUCUCGAGAUCUCAUUAUCACUCCAUUGUUCGCCGAAGAUGUUUCCAUCGAAGAUUGCUCCUCGACCGACGUAUCGGAUACAGAAGACCGCGAGGACGAAGAGGAUAGAGAGUGGGAAGCGUGCAUGGAACGCCGACGUAUGAUGUUCGCUAUGCGAGCUCAGGAGCUCAAGUCGGAGGAACAUCAGCCUGAGUUCGAAGGGUAUCGAAGUCUCUCGGCGACUUUGGCGGAGCUGCUCAAGAGUGUUGGAGCGUCUGAUGAUGUCGCCAUGGGACCUUCCGGUGGCCCAUCAGUGCACGUGCUGUCGAUGCAGAAUCUCGAAGAUCAAGAGGACGGCAGUGUUGCGGAAGCGCCGACGAACAAUUUGGUCCUUUUAUCUCACCCUAUAAUGCCGACUCCCAGUCUACUCUCCUCAGCGGGUAGCGAAGACGAUAGCGUUAUUGUUACCAGCCCUUCUCAACCGACAGCCGCGCAAAUCAUCCUUGCACCUCUCUCGUUCGAUGCAGACAAACAAGCCGUAGAUCCGGCCGACAAGGCGCUCUUCAUCGCCUCUUGCAUGGUGGUACAGGAUGGCAUUAUGACAGUUGCAGCUCCCUCUGCAGAGCUGUAG